CGGUGGACAGGGACACAGGCACAGUCCUCCUCCCGUUUCUGACCGCACGGACCUGAAGAUUAAAAGUCGCCGGUGCCUCCUCUGUUUGCAGGAGCAUUUCUAAAGCGAUCCUUGAAGGAAUCUGGGACGGACGAGGGGAGCGGCGCAGGGAGUGAAGGCGGAAGCCGGAUCUGCUGGAUACUGGGGCGGCCGCACUGGCUUUCAUGCUGCCGCCACAAAAUCCUGCCCUGAAACACGCUCCAGCCUGCAGCCGUUUGCGUUUCUGUGGAGUUAACCAUGGAAGGCACAAAGGAGGACUGACACUUGGAGAGCUGUGAAGAAAAUUUCGUAGCGUUAAAUAAACUACAGCUGGCGAAAAAGCAUCGAGCGGUCUGAAGCAGAGCAGAGGAGAGCGACGGCGCCAGCAAAAUGUCUGUCCCUAACAUAUUGGCCAAGGCGUUGUAUGACAAUGUGGCCGAGUCUCCAGAUGAGCUCUCGUUCCGCAAGGGUGACAUUAUGACAGUGCUGGAGCGUGACACCCAGGGAUUGGACGGCUGGUGGCUCUGCUCACUCCAUGGCCGCCAAGGCAUCGUCCCUGGCAACCGUCUCAAGAUCCUCGUUGGGAUGUACGACAGUAAGCUGCAACAGCAAGCCAUGCCUUCCACGCCAGAUCCAGCUGUUUCCUGUCCCACCUCACUUGCCCAGAGACCCCUCCACCCUCCGAGUGUGUUUGCCAAACCAACACCUGCCCUGUCAUCUGUUGCCUCAAUGUCCUCCUCCGGCUUUGCCAACAAGACCCUCUCCUCUGCUCAGUACACAUCCAUGCACCCAGCCUACUCCACGGCUAGCCCUGCGCAGCCCAACCCUGACUCUGUCUACAUGAUGCCCCCCUCACACAGUCCCAAACCAAGCUCCCAAAGUCUGUACCAGGUUCCCUCCGGUCCAAGUGGAGCACCUACACAAGCCCAGCCAGGACCGUCCAGCAAGGCCCCAAUUCAAGGCCAGAGACAGCCUGGUCAAGAAAUCUAUCAGGUGCCCCCCUCUGUAGGUCCAGGACCAGGUCAGGCAACAGUUCCGGCUGGGGUGACGGUAGCUGGCCAGGAUGUAUAUCAGGUUCCCCCCUCCCUGGAUAGGAGGAACUGGGAGGGCAGCAACAAGCCGCUUGGCAAGGUGGUAGUUCCUACCCGUGUUGGACAGGUGUAUGUGUACGACACAGUGAAACCAGACCAGGAUGAAUAUGACGUCCCGCCCAGACUUCAGCCUCCGACUCAGCCAGACAUAUACGACGUGCCGCCCGCCCGGCAGCCAUACAGCACACAGGUGUAUGACACUCCUCCCAUGGUGAUGAAGGGCCCCUCUAGUGGUCAAGAUAUAUAUGACACCCCUGCAAGCAGUGAGAAGAACUCACAGCAGAUGGUCUAUGACUUCCCCCCAUCAGUGAGUAAAGAUGUCACUGAUGCUCAGCCAAUCAGAGAGGAGACGUAUGAUGUGCCGCCACACUUUGCCAAACUAAAGCCCCAAGUCCCCGUCUCUCCAGGCCAGUACUUGCACAGCAACCUCAACAGCAAUGACGAUGAGCCGCCAAUUCCAGAGGAUGUAUAUGAUGUCCCGCCCCCAAUCCUCACUGAUAAGCAUUAUCAUGGGGACAGGGGUGGAGCUAGCCAGGCCCCUCAGCAGAUCUAUGACAUCCCGGCUACACUGCGUCCCAGCCAGGACGUCUAUGACUUCCCCCGGGAACGAGAGGAGACCGGAGAGAGGGCUGAACAAUAUGUCUAUGAUGUCCCACCGCAGGUUGUUCGUGAUGCCCAGUCAGCCAGUGAAGAGCUGUCCGUGUCUUUCAAGCGGCUGUCCGCCUCGAGCACAGGAAGCACAAGGAGCAAUCACUCAGCUUCUUCAUUAGAUAUGGUUCCUGUCCGCGACACCACCUCGCUUCCUACCCCUGGCUCCGUUCCAGGGAAACCCCUCCUCUUGGAAAUGGAUCAGGCCAUGGAACGUCUGUCUCGUCUCCAACAAGCCGUCGAGUCCAGUGUUUCUUUUAUGAUGUCAUUCAUCACAGGCAACUGGAGAAGCCCUGCUCAUCUGGAGGGAAACCUCGCAGCCAUUCAUCAGGCUGCCGACCGGUUGCGUGCCAGUGUCCGAGAUUUCCUAGAAUUUGCCCGGGGCGCUGUGGCAAAUGCUGCUCAGGCCACAGAUCGCUCACUGCAGACCAAACUGGGCCGUCAGGUUGGGAAGAUGGAGGAGAUCUUCCAGAAUUUGAUUCGACAUAGUCAGAGCUUAGAUGCUGUUUCUUGGUCACCCACAGCCCUCACAACGCCAACACCAGGGGUGGAUGACUUAGAUCGACUAAUCAUGACGGCCCGAGGUAUCCCUGACGAUGCCAAGCAGCUCGCUUCUUUUCUCCAUGGUAACGCUUCACUGCUCUUCAAAAAGACCACUCGCCAGCAGCAAAUGCCCCUUCCUCCUAUCCCAGGGGAGCUUAGUGGUCACAUGACAGGAUCUGGAAGUGGAAGCUAUCAGGGAGGGGAGAAAGUGAACAUUCAGUCACGGCCCCUUCCUUCUCCACCAAAGUUUACGGCUGCAGAAGAGGAGGAAGGUGUGGAGCGACCAUAUGAGACCACAGAGGAAGGAUGGAUGGAGGACUAUGAUUACGUACAUCUACAGGGAAAGGAAGAGUUUGAGAAAAAUCAGCGACAGCUGCUGGAGAAAGGCAACAUCAUCAGAAACAAGACACAAUUGGAGCAGCAACAGGUACAUAUCAAACAGUUUGAGCGGUUAGAGCAGGAAGUCAGCCGGCCAAUCAACAACGACAUGACCGGCUGGGUCCCAUCUCCGCAAAACCCUCUGGCCAACUACCUGGCCCAGAACGGCUCUGGAGGCCCCCCCGCUUCCAAAUUGUGCCAUGGUGACCGGCAGCUCCUCCUCUUCUAUCAAGAGCAAUGUGAGCAGAACGUCACCACGGUGACCAAUGCCAUCGAUGCCUUCUUUACUGCUGUCAACUCCAACCAGCCCCCAAAGAUCUUCGUGGCACACAGCAAAUUUGUCAUUCUCAGCGCACACAAGCUGGUUUUUAUUGGUGACACUCUGUCACGCCAGGCCAAAUCUCCAGAAGUGAGGGCACGGGUAGCCCAAAGCAGCAACACCCUCUGUGAAAAACUCAAAGACAUUGUGAUCAGUACGAAGACAGCAGCGCUUCAGUAUCCUUCCCCCGGAGCAGCCAGAGAGAUGACUGAGAGGGUGAGGGAGCUUGCAGGGUGUACACAGCAUUUAAAGAUGGUUCUGGGACAGCUGUUAGUGAUGUAGGGGGCUGAGGGAGAGGGGGAAAACAAACCAAACAGUGACACUAACAGAACGUUCCAGAGCCUUGGAGCAGGAAGUCUUCCCAGUAACACUGGGUGGACCACCUUCUAUACCCCAUGCAGCACUAGGUAGGAGAACCUGGAGUUUGCUGGAUCACAAGUGCUGCAGGAGGUUGGAGUCCCAUGUGCCUCUACAGGAUGAGGCUUUCUAUCUCUUACACUCCUGACAUGCAUGGAAAUCCUGCGUGAUCCUGUCCGCGGGGUCUGGGACCCUAUCUCGGACUGGGAACACCGAUCUUACUUCCAUCCUUUGCUUCCUCCCUGUGCUGCCUUUCACUGGGACCAUUCCUCUUUUAUCCCAUCUCCCACUCUGCACUUUUUAUUCUAAACAAAUUGAAAUUAACAUUUUAUCUUCAGUGGGCUGGGCCAAAGGCUGUAAAAUAAUCAGUGUAAAUAUUUAAGUUACCUAUGUAUUCAGAAAAUCAGAAAAAGAAGAAGACUGUAGAACGUGCAGUACGUACACACAAGAAAAGACGGGAACAUAACUGUAGUUUAUAGACAUAACAGCAGUAAUUGUCAUAUUGCUAUACCGUAUAAUUAAUAUGUAAUAUGGCUCUGAUUCUUGAUCCUAAUAUAAUUAUUGUUAUGGAUGUGUAAAUUUCAGAUGAUAUGUAUGGCUCUAUGUUGUAGAAUGUCUGAACUCUUUUCCAUCCCUGAUAAAGGCACACUUUCCGAAAUCCACACAGGAGCACAGGAGUGUGUGGUUCACUUAGCUGAUUUCAGUCCCCCCAGCAUGCAACACUGCUGCCAGAACAAGCCUCCAUAGCUGUGCAGCUGUAGUGCUGCAGAUGCAAUUAAAGAUGAUUUCCCUGCCAUCUGAGAUGUUUAUUUUUAUUUUAUUUUAUUUUUGAAAACUGUAUGUAUUUUUAAUAGGCAUGUAAAAGUAAAAAGGAAUGAAAGAGUUUAAAGACAGCAAAUGCAAUUAAGCCUGUAUUUCUUUUUUCUCUGGCCUGGUGAUAUUGU